GGGGCGGGCAGCGGUUGCCAUAGCGACGUGAAGCGGCCUUGAGGGAGGAGUAGGCCGCGCCGCCCGCGGGCGGGGAGGAGGCAGCCAGUGGUGCUGACGAGACGUCAGAGGACCCACCAUCUCCUGUAUCUAUGGCAUUUGCACCUCCUAGAAACAUGGAUGGCCCCAAGCUACAGACCAAGAUGAGCACAUGGACUCCACUGAACCAUCAGCUCAUGAAUGACAAGGUAUUCGAAGAAAGAAGAGCCCUACUUGGAAAAUGGUUUGACAAGUGGACAGAUGGUCAGAGGCGGAGGAUCCUGGUGGACCUGUUGGAACGCUGCUCCCCGUCACAGCAAAAAUUCUGUGCCAAGCAGCUACAGGAUCGAGUCCCCACCGAGGCUCUAGAUUUUACCACAAGGCUUCCCAGAGUCCUGUCUUUAUACAUCUUUUCCUUCCUGGACCCACGGAGCCUCUGUCGAUGUGCACAGGUGAGCUGGUACUGGAAGUACCUGUCUGAACUGGAUCAGCUCUGGAUGCUGAAAUGCCUACGUUUUGGCUGGUACAUCAACUUCUCUCCAACACCCUUUGAGCAAGGAAUCUGGAAGAAACAUUACAUUGAGAUGGUGAAAGAGCUGCAUGUCACGAGACCAAAGACUCCUUCAAAAGAUGAGUUUGUAGUUAUUGAUGUGCAACCGGUAAGAAGCAACACCCCAGAGGCAAAACCUUCCGUGCCAGGAAGGAGGACAAGCAAGGAGAAAAAAGAGCUCCCACCGUGGCGUUCAUCAGACAGGCAUCCUACAGAUACCAUCCGAUUCAACUACCUCGACAACUACGAUCCCAUCGAGCAGGCUAGGCAGGCGAGAAAGAAAGGAGGAGGGGAGACCCCGGACCUUAGCCGGCAGGCAGCUGAGAAAAAAAAGAGAGCGGGUCAUGGAUCUAAUAAGCUCCCAAAGGCAAAAUCACUGGCAAGUAUCACCGGCUUGUAAUUAUAUCAACUGGGGCCCAGCGGCAGGUACACCCAGGAACAUUUUAGCGCAGAGCUUUUACUUAACUUUCUAUCACUUUCUGCAGAUCUUGAGUCUGUUCCAAAACCACCAGUUCGUCCCAGCUGGGCCACUCACCAGUCAACCGGGAACCUGCCUCCCAAAGCAGCGGCAAAAGCCCUGGCCCAGAGCUCCCAGUGGAACGCUGGGAUACGACCAGCACCUGUUCGAGCUCCAGUGCCAAAGCCACGUGAAAGAGGAAAGAAAGACUUCACAAGGACAAACACCAGGUCUCCAUCGUCUCCGCUUUUUGAGGCUCAGCCCUGGCACAUUCCUCCAUCCAACCAAGGAUCUGACACAGAGUAAGGGAGAAUUCAAAGUAUCUUUCAUCCCAGCAGAACAGAAGCUCAUCUGCCUGGCAUUGGGGAAACACCGGCAAUGUUACCUGAGUCACAGGCUAUGCUCGAAGAACAGCUGCUUUUGAGUCCUCCAUAAGGACCCAACUUAGUUUUUUUCAACUGUUGCUAGAAAAGACUUUCUUCACUGACCUCACUACACAAUGCAAAGAAAGGGCCAUGGAGGUCCUGCAUCUAUUCUCACUUAGGCUGGCCAAAAGAAAACUUAACUGUCUUGCAGCCAGUUUAGACAGCAAGGUGUUGGAGCAAUGGCUUUAUACUUUUUUUGGAAGUACCGUACUUGGUGCAAUGACUCCUGCCUGCCUUUGGGAUCUCCAAGUGGGAUCUCCUGUUUCCAAACUGGAGUACAGUCUAAGUCUGUUUUCCUGUUGUGCUUCUCAGCCUUGUUUCCUGUUGCUGCUGCUAUAUUCUCUUUUUCUUUUGGGUAUGUCAUCUCUGCAGAGUUUACCUAGGCUUUUGACCAUGGAGACACUUGUGCAGAUCCUUGCUAGAGCUGCUGGACCUCAUGUGAGCUUGCCUGUGUGUCACUUGGACAUCUUGGGGCAUAUCCCAUGUGGACACUGCUGCUCUGUGAUGCUUUGCCAGUGAAUUAGAGAAGUUGUCUGUCUCUGUGGGCACUGAGAGGAUUGUGGAAGGAAAGUGGGGACUACCAGCCUGAGUGAUGGAAACUGUACCCUCGCUACAGAGUGGUUUACCACCAAUGUUAAUGUGAUCCCUCAGCUGUAACCUACAGCCCCUGCCAAAUCAGCUAGACUGUGAAGAAAGCACCACAGCGUUCAAGGGAAAAGCCUUUAAUAUAUGGGAGAAGGAAGGCUCAGAGAAAACAUUUGAAGAAAAACCUAGUUAGAACUGUAUUGAAGACAGAAUCUCAUGUUAAACAAGCCAACUUGAUCUCUUCCAUCAUGUUAAUGAGAAGGAAAUCAAAUCCCACACUCUGGAUUGCAGCAUUGCACAUGGCUCUGUGUGGAAAGCUGGCACUAGUCUACUUACUUAAGAGAAUGUAAAUCAUGUGCUUUUAUUUGUCUUUUCCACAAUUAAGGAAAUAUCCAGUAAACGUAAUGAAUAGCAGUUUUUAAGGAUAAGGGGACUGAAUGCACAGCAACUGUAACUAGUUGCCUUACCAUAACCCAGACUGAGAGAGCUGGGAUAAAACUGAACCUUUCCACAGUUUAGGAAGAGCCACAGCAUGCCCAUGAAUUCUCAACAUCUAUAGACUACAAAUCAUGUUUCAGAGAAAAUGCCAACUACUGAUUGACAGGGAUUAGAAGAAGACUUCUGCUCUGUGAGCAGAUUAUUCUGCACUGUGUCACUUGAGGGUUUCAAAUUUUUUGGCAUGAAAGACAUUGACCAUUGUCAAGACCAGGCACCGGGCACGACGUACCAUGGAUCUUACCUGAAGGGAGAGCAUCCAGCAGGAGACUCAGCCCAUUGGGGUACUUGGUCGAGUGCCAUGUGAAUUACAGCUCCAAAUCAAUUAGGUAACUCAGUGCAUCUCCCUCUCCCAGAUGUUGUUCCUUCAUCUUUUCUAGCUGCCCUGGAUGCUUGGCAGGGGGAGUUCUUCUCAACCAACAAGACGGUCUAAGAGCUAGUUAAGUCUAAGCUAGUCACCUCUCAAGCGAUCAGCUGAAAUAGGAACUUGCAGAUGGCAAUUAGCUCAUAUAUCUUAGGAUCUGUUGAUUAUGCAAGAGACCAGACUAACUAAUUUUGAUUAAGAAAGCUAACUUUUGAGCAUUUAACGUCAGGUGGGGUAAAUCACAUCCAAAACAUUCAUCAGCAUCAUUCCCUGGUAUUGCAAAUCUCUCCUCACAAGCCUUUUCCCCUAGGAAAUCAAGUUAAACUGAUUGCUUCAUGGGUGUUGCCUUGGCUUCUUAAGUCCAAACUGUUGUUCCAGCUUUUUUUUUGUCUCCGUUAGGCAGCCUGUAGCUUCUCGUGGCAGCAGUUCAGCGCUAGGUCCGUGUUACAAACAGCAAAUGGCUAUGCAAGGAAAUGAUGGAACCCUGCAGCAAUGGUUUUUCUUAUCUCACCAAUGAGCAUACUCGUCGGAAACAUAAAGUUCCCAGGGUCUGACUGGUCUUGGAGCUGAGUGCUUGGGCAUUACUGCAGACGUUGUGCCUUCACUGCACCAGAUCAUGCAUCUUAAGUACUCACUAUACAUUUUAAGGCUUAGGCCUUCUCUGAUUUAUAAAGUUUUUGUAUUUAUGAUGCUGUAAAAUAACUAACAGUAAUGUCCAGGAACAUACCAAGCCAAGUAGUCUAUCUUUGAAGUAACAGCAGACCUACGUAACGCCUUGAUGUAACUCCUACCAAUUAUGUUAUUAGAAUAAAAAUAUGUGUACUUACAA